CACGCCCAUUUGGUACUUUCAUUCAAGAUGGUGGCUGAUUCCUUGUGACAGGCCCUGCCCGCCCCCCCGUGGCUUCCCCCAUGCGGCGCUGCUCGGACUCCGCCUGCCCUGUCUCCAAUGGCCUGCACAUGGGGGGCCCGGUGCCCGUGGAGCCCCCCCGGGGCCCGGCCCCGGACGAGAGCCCCGCAGCCGAGCCGGGCCCGGCCGCGGGCAGCGGCACCGUCAAGGUCUAUCUGCCCAACCAGCAGCGCACCGUGGUCAACGUGCGGCCAGGAGCCACCGUCUACGACGCCCUAGACAAAGCGCUGAAGGUGCGAGGGCUGAACCAGGACUGCUGCGCGGUGUAUCGGUGCCCAGGCGGGACGAAGCUGCUGACCGAGUGGGACACGGACAUCACCCCGCUGGAGGGGCAGGUUCUCUACGUGGAGGUGUUGGACGAAGUGCCCCUCACCAUGCACCACUUUGUCCGUAAGACGUUUUUCAGCCUGGCCUUCUGCGACUUCUGCCUUAAGUUCCUGUUCCACGGCUUCCGCUGCCAGACGUGCGGCUACAAAUUCCAUCAGCAGUGCAGCAGCCGCGUGCCCACCAUCUGCGUGGACCUGGGCGUGGCCCACUGCCCGAUUUACAGUCAUGGCCCGUACCCCGACGUGCCGGGGCAGGAUUCCCCCUCGGCCCGGCCCGGCCUGGCCCCCCUAACGCCGCAACCCACCAGCUCCCACCAGCAGUGUCUUGGCCCCGACGCCUUCAGCUUCCCGGACCCCCCCGGCGGGGGGCAGCCCCUCCAGCGCCACCGCUCCACCUCCACCCCCAAUGUGCACAUGGUGAGCACGGCCGACCCCGGGGACGCCGCUGCCCAGCAGAUCGCAGCCAUGAGCUUCAUCACAGACGAUGGGGGGGAAGUGUCUCCCCCAGGUCCCAGCCCCGCCCAGGACCCCCCCGGGCGCCGCGGGGCCCCUUCCAAGUCUCCCCCGCAGCCCCCCAAGGAGCGGAAGGGGUCGGCAUCGUCGGCCGAGGACAAGAAGAAGGUGAAGGCCCUGGGCUACCGGGACUCGGGCUACCAGUGGGAGGUGCCCCCGCACGAGGUGAUCCUACUGCGCCGGGUGGGAGCCGGGUCCUUCGGCACCGUCUACCAGGGCCAAUGGCACGGCCAUGUCGCCGUCAAAAUCCUCAAGGUGACGCAGCCCACGGCCCAGCAGGUGCAGGCCUUCAAGAACGAGAUGCAGGUACUCAGGCGGACGCGUCACGUCAACGUGCUCCUGUUCAUGGGGUUCAUGACACGGCCGAGUUUCGCCAUCAUCACCCAGUGGUGCGAGGGCAGCAGCCUCUACCGGCACCUGCAUGUGUGCGAGACCCGGCUCGACGCCCCCGCCCGCACCGAGGUGGCGCGCCAGACGGCCCAGGGCAUGGAUUAUCUUCAUGCCAAGAACAUCAUCCACCGGGACCUGAAAUCCAACAACAUCUUCCUGCACGAGGGGCUGACGGUGAAAAUCGGCGACUUCGGUCUGGCCACGGUGAAGACGCACUGGAGUGGGGCCCGCCGGGUCGAGCAGCCCCGGGGCUCCGUGCUCUGGAUGGCCCCCGAGGUGAUCCGCAUGCAGGACAGCCGCCCCUACAGCUUCCAGUCCGACGUCUACGCCUACGGGGUGGUUCUGUACGAGCUGAGCACGGGGAGCCUCCCCUACGGGCACGUCCGCAGCCGCGACCAGAUCCUGUUCAUGGUGGGCCGGGGGUACCUGUCCCCUGACAUGAGCCGGGUGCCGAGCACCUGCCCCAAGGCCCUGAAGAGACUCAUGACGAACUGCCUGAAAUUCAACCGAGAGGAGAGACCUCUCUUCCCCCAGAUCCUGGCCACGGUGGAGCAGCUGCAACGGCUCCUCCCCAAGCUGGAGCGAAGCAUGUCCGAACCCUCCCUGCACCGCACCUCCCACCCCGACCCUGGCGGCUCCUCCCCCCCCGUCGCCCCUGCCCCCCUCGCCUAGCCCGGACAGACGGACUGCCCCGUGCCAGGGUGGGCGGAUGACCCCCCACCCCCGGCGCCAGGAGCUGCCCGCUGCUCUGAGCCUCCCCCAGCCUGGGGGGGGGGCUACGGGACCCAGGCAUCCGGGAGCAACUAUGGGAGAGGGGGGCAAGCACACCAAGGGGCUGGGGAGCUUAUAUGGAGAUCAAUGUGUGAACCCCCACCCUGUCAUCCCCCCCGGGCAGUUCGCUCUUCCCUGCUGCCCCGCCCCAGAGGUGGCUGCAGCCCGGCAUCCCCGGCCAGUGUUCUAUGGGGCCGUUCCCGGCUGCCCCGCCCCAGAGGUGGGUGCAUUAACGGCAACCCCAGCCGGCGUUCUAUGGGGCCGUUCCUGGCUGCCCUGCCCCAGAGGUGGCUGCAUUAGCGGCAACCCUAGCCGGCGUUCUAUGGGGCCGAUCCCUGCUGCCCCGCCCCAGAGGUGGCUGCAUCCCGGCAUCCCCGGCCGGUGUUCUAUGGGGCCGUUCCCGGCUGCCCCGCCCCAGAGGUGGGUGCAUUAACGGCAACCCCAGCCGGCGUUCUAUGGGGCCGUUCCUGGCUGCCCCGCCCCAGAGGUGGCUGCAUUAGCAGCAACCCUAGCCGGCGUUCUAUGGGGCUGAUCCCUGCUGCCCCACCCCAGAGGUGAGUGCAUUAAUGGCAACCCUGGCCGGCGUUCUAUGGGGCCAUUCCCGGCUGCCCCGCCCCAGAGGUGGCUGCAUUAACGGCGACCCACGGGCUGUUAAAUCUCGAUUUUAAUAUAUCGGUCUCUGGUU